UCUGAACCGAACACUGGAGACUGGAGGUGAAGGCCGUCUACGUGGGACAAAAAAACUGAAGAACGGAUCCAUAGAAGAGGAUCGAGCAAGACACACAAUCCCUAAGAUGGGAGACGCAAUCCAGUUAAAAGACGAGGGAAACAAACACUUCCAGGCUGGAGAAAUUGACAAAGCCAUUGACUGCUACACCGCAGCCAUCAAGCCAUGCAAAGACAAAAAGGUGCUGGCUGUCAUUUACAGGAACAGAUCAGCAUGCUACCUCAAAAAGGAAAACUAUGCCAUUGCAGCAUCUGAUGCAUCAAAAGCAAUUGAUGUAGAUGCAGCGGACAUUAAAGCUUUGUUCCGGCGAUGUCAAGCUCUGGAGAAACUGGGGAAACUAGACAUGGCUUUCAAAGAUGUGCAGAGAUGCGCCACCAUCGAACCAAAGAACAAGACCUUCCUGGAGACUCUCCGUAGACUGGGGGCAGAAAUCCAGGCCAAGCUUAAGACAACAUUCUCUACAGAUUCGAGAGUACAGAACAUGUUCGACAUCCUCCUCGAUGAAGAGAUGGAAAAAGACAAGCGGGAAAAGGCUGCAAAUAACCUGAUUGUGCUGUCGAGGGAGGACGCGGGAGCAGAAAGGAUUUUCCAGAACAACGGAGUCCCUCUGCUGCUCAGUAUGAUAGAGACAAGCAAACCCGAGAUGAUCCUGGCUUCUGUCCGUACUUUGUCAGGGAUGUGCACAGGACACAAGGCUCGCGCCAUGGCUAUUGUGAACAUGGUAGGGGUUGAUAAGAUGUGCAGCAUCAUGGCAGUCGACAAUGAGGAGAUUGCACUGGCAACCUGCAACCUCUUCCAGUGCAUCAAUGACUCCCUCACUGGUGGAGACUCUAAGGAUUAUGGGAAAGAAGAGGCCUUAGUUUUGGACACAUCUAAAGACCUGAAAUCCAUCCUCCUCUCAUUGCUGGAGAUGGUUCAAAAUGCGAAGGUGUCCGGCCAUGGCAGAGACCAGGCGCUGAACCUCCUGGCCAUGAAUGUGCCGCGCAAAGAAAAGAGAGGGAGAGAUAACAGUAGAACCCUCUUCACCAUCGAUCACGGUCUGAAGAAGAUCCUCAAGGUGUGCGGUCAGGUUCCUGAACUGCCAGACCAGCUGCCCUUGACAGACAACACACAGCUGAUCGCCAGCGUGCUGCUCAACAAGCUGUAUGAUGACCUCUCUUGUGACCCAGAGAGAGACAACUUCAGAGACAUUUGUGAUGACUACAUCAAAGCCAAAAUUGACCCCAACAACAUGGACAAGACCAUUCAUGCUGUCAACACAAUCUCGGGGCUGCUGCAGGGUCCCGUUGACGUCGGCAAUGCACUAGUUGGACGGCAGGGCAUCAUGGAGAUGAUGGUGGCACUGUGCGGCUCAGAGCGGGAGGUGGACCAGAUGGUUGCCGUGGAGGCGCUGAUCCACGCGUCCUCAAAGAUGGCCCGCGCCUCCUUCAUUGUUACCAAUGGCGUGUCGAUGCUCAAGGAUAUUUACAAGAAGACAAAGAAUGAGAAGAUUAAAAUUCGUGCGCUGGUGGGUCUCUGUAAACUGGGUUCAGCUGGAGGAGAUGAUUACAGUUUAAGGCAGUUUGCUGAGGGCUCCACAGAGAAGCUGGCCAAGCAGUGCAGAAAGUGGCUCUGCAAUCCCCAGAUUGAUACCAAAACAAGGAAGUGGGCUAUCGAGGGUCUCGCUUACCUGACUAAUGAUGCUGAUGUGAAAGAUGACUUUGUUGAGGACGAGCUUGCCCUGAAAGCCAUGUUUGAACUGGCCAAGUCGAAGGACAAGACGAUCUUAUACUCAGUAGCUUGCACACUGAUCAACUGCACAAACUGCUAUGAGAAGAAGGAAAUCCUCCCAGAGCUGGUCCAGCUUGCCAAGUUCUCCAAGCAACAUGUGCCUGAGCAACACCCUAAGGACAAGAAGGACUUCAUUCAGAAAAGAGUGAAUAGGCUGCUGAAAGCUGGUGUCACAUCUGCUCUAACUGUAAUGGUCAAAGCUGAUAACGCCAUCUUGACCGACCAGACCAAGGAAAUGUUAGCAAGGAUUUUCUUGGCAUUGUCAGAGGAUUCCAAAGCUCGUGGUAUCAUUGUAGCCCAAGGUGGUGGAAAGGCUUUAAUACCACUUGCUCUGGAGGGGACAGCUGUCGGAAAGGUGAAGGCAUGUCAUGCCCUCGCCAAGAUUGCAGCUAUUUCCAACCCAGAAAUCGCCUUCCCUGGGGAGAGGGUGUAUGAGGUGGUGCGGCCUUUGGUGACCCUCCUCAACACAGAAAAUGAUGGACUGCAGAACUUUGAAGCUCUGAAAGGCCUCACCAACUUGGCCGGCUUCAGUGAAAAACUGAGAGUAAAGAUUGUGAAAGAGAAAGCUCUACCCGAGAUCGAGAACUACAUGUUUGAGGACCACGACCAGAUCCGACAGGCCGCCACUGAGUGCAUGUGCAACCUUGUGUCAUGCAAAGAGGUUCAGGAGCGUUACGUGGAAGACGGCAAUGAUAAGCUGAAGCUGCUGAUUCUGCUGUGUGGUGAGGAUGACGACUGUCUUCAGAUAGCUGCAGCUGGAGCUCUGGCCAUGCUCACUGCUGCUCAGAAGAAGCUCUGCACCAAAAUGACCCAGGUGACUGAACAGUGGCUCGAGAUCCUUCAGAGGUUAUGUCUCCAUACCAACCCUAAGGUCCAGCACCGCGGCCUGGUUAUUGUCUACAACAUGCUUCACUCCGACAACAACGAGCUGGCCAAGAAGCUGAUGGAGAGCGAGCUCCUGGAAAUCCUCACCGUGAUUGGCAAGGCGGAGGAUAAUCCCAUGAGGCAGGAGCCCAUUGACGUGGCGCGCACAUGCCUUGUUAAAGCUAUGGAUCUCGGCCUCAUCAAACCCUUCACUAACCCUUCUUAA